AUGUUUACUGCUGUACCGGGGUUUUUGGUCAAACAAGACGAAGUAAGUUUCCACAAACCUCAACGUUUUGUUUUUCGAAAUGGAUUGAAAAUUGAAGAGAAUCUAGAAGAUAAGGGGCCUAAAAUAAGUCGAGCCUCUUAUCUAGUGGGGAAUGACACUUUUAACUACAACAACGUACCAAGUUUGACUUUCACGGCAUUCUAUCGAGAAAAGUUAGGCGACGAAGAGAAGUCAACGACAAGAUUUCGUAAAUGUAACAUUUCUUACUUUUUAGAAGAUGAUGAAAUGAAAAUAUACGAACCAUGUAACAAGAAUAGCGGACUGCUUCAGGGUUGCAUUGUUGGAAAAGGAAAAUUUAAGAAUCCGGACGGAGGGUACUACACCAUCGAUGAUCUGAACAUUGGAAACACAUUAAUUGUGAAUGGACGGGAAUACACCUUGAUAAACUGUGACCCGUUCACAAGAAAUUUCUUGACCGAAAUGGGAUUCAGGGUGCGAUCACCACAACCAGAUGUCUAUGACGCCAUUACGAUGGACAGGGAAGAGAUGAAUACUCCCAAGUCUUACAGAAAGCCAUUCGUAAAGGAAUACAAGGGGGCCAAUUUUUUAAAGUAUCAUCCGAAGCAGUUGAGAUUCUAUGGCUACUACGGUGAUGGUAAGAAUCUUUUUGAAGAGAGAAAAGAGGUCACGCUCUGCUACGAUCUUGCCAGCAGUAAAAUCAAGUUGGUUGAGGAAAGAGGUCGGAAAGAAGAAAAAGUGACCACCAGCGUUAUUUUGCGACCAACUCUUGUACCGAAAGGAAUAGGAUUUCCCCGGACGGCCAGCAACGUUGAACCCCGAGUUGACAUCCAAUCAAUAAGGCUGUUAAUGAGGGGCUGGGGUAUUCUGUCCCACUCCCCCAGAAGAGCUCUUUCCAGUUCUUGGAGAGUUUGUGGGGGUGUUAGGCGUUCAGCAAUUCAUCUGCCCAGAAUCCUCCAAACAUGCUCACUUGGGUUCAUGUCCGGAGAACAUGCUGUCCUAUCCAUUCGUAUGGUUCCUUCCUUUAAAAGGAAAUCAUUCACCAAGUUAGCACGAUGUGGCUUGCAAUUGUCGUCCAUUAAACAUGACGUCAUCUCUAAUUGCUGCAGCGUAAGGGACUACAAUGGGUCUCAGGAUCUCAUCCCUAUAUCGUCGACCGGUCAGAACUCCAUUUCGAAUGACAUGGAGAUCGGUUCUCCCAUAAAUCGAGAUGCCAGCGUAGACCAUGACUUCCCCACCGCCAAAUUUUACACUUUCGAGCACGAAUGCAGGAUUGUUUCUGGUGCCGCGUUCCUUCCAGAUAAAAAUACGUCUAUUAUUAAAAUAAACAGAAAAACGGGACCUGUUAAAGAAAAGAAUAUCGCGCCAUUCAUUUCUCCUCCAGUUCACAUGCUUUGUUGUCCACUCCCUGCGGGCGAGACGGUGCCUUGCUGUUAA